GGCGCGAGGCCUGUCCGUGUCAGCGUCCGCUUCCGCUCCCGCUCCCGCUCGGACCCGGCCGCGCCUCCUUCGUCCCGCCACCGCUCUCGACAUGGGGCCCAGCACCGCUCAGGAUGAUGAAAAUACUUUUAAAAUCCUGGUGGCUACUGACAUUCACCUUGGAUACCUGGAGAAGGAUCCAGUUCGUGGAAAUGAUACGUUUGUAACUUUUGAUGAAAUUUUGAGACAUGCUCAAGAAAAUGAAGUGGACUUUAUUUUAUUAGGUGGGGAUCUCUUUCAUGAAAACAAACCCUCAAGAAAAACGCUACAUACUACCUUUGAGAUAUUAAGAAAAUACUGUAUGGGAGAUCGUCCUGUGCAGUUCGAAAUUGUGAGUGACCAGUCAGUCAAUUUUAGUUUUAGCAAGUUUCCAUGGGUGAACUACCAGGAUGGGAAUCUCAACAUUUCUAUUCCAGUUUUUAGUAUCCAUGGCAAUCAUGAUGAUCCCACCGGGGCAGAUGCACUGUGUGCACUGGAUAUUUUAAGCUGUGCAGGAUUGCUGAAUCAUUUUGGACGUUCGGUGUCUGUAGAGAAGAUAGAUAUUAGUCCCCUUUUACUUCGCAAAGGCAGCACAAAAAUUGCUCUGUAUGGAUUAGGGGCUAUUCCAGAUGAGAGGUUGUAUCGUAUGUUUGUUAGUAAGCAAGUAACUAUGCUGAGGCCAAAAGAAGAUGAAGAUAGCUGGUUUAAUUUGUUCGUGAUUCAUCAAAACAGGAGUAAACAUGGAGCCACCAAUUACAUUCCAGAACAGUUUUUAGAUGAUUUUAUUGACCUUGUUAUUUGGGGUCAUGAACAUGAGUGUAAAAUAGCACCCACCAGAAAUGAACAGCAACUUUUCUAUGUAUCACAGCCAGGAAGUUCAGUAGUUACUUCUCUAUCACCAGGGGAAGCUGUGAAAAAGCAUAUUGGUUUGCUGCACAUUAAAGGAAAGAGAAUGAACAUGCAGAAGAUUCCUCUUGAGACAGUACGAUGUUUCUAUAUGGAAGAUAUUGUCCUUGCUGAUCAUCCAGACAUUUUUAACCCAGAUGAUCCUAAAGUAACCCAAACAAUACAAGCAUUUUGUAUGGAAAAGGUUGAUGCAAUGCUGCACAAGUCAGAAAUGGAGUGUCUAGGAAGUCCACGUCAGCCAGAAAAGCCCCUCAUAAGAUUACGAGUUGACUACACAGGAGGUUUUGAACCAUUUAAUGUUCAUCGUUUCAGCCAGCAAUUCAUGGAUAGGGUAGCUAACCCAAAAGACAUCAUUCAUUUUUUCAGACAUCGUGAGCAAAAAGAGAAAAAUGAAAAUGAGAUUAAUUUUGGGAAGCUUCUUAGCAGACCUGCCCCUGAAGGCACAACCUUGAGAGUGGAGGAUCUUGUAAAGCAGUACUUCCAGACAGCAGAGAAGAAACUGCAACUUUCACUUUUGACUGAAAGAGGAAUGGGAGAAGCAGUACAAGAGUUUGUGGACAAAGAAGAGAAAGAUGCUAUAGAAGAAUUGGUGAAAUUUCAGUUAGAGAAAACACAGAGGUUUCUUAAGGAACGUCGUACUGAUGCAGAGGAAGAAAAAAUAGAUGAGGAGGUGCGAAAAUUUAGGGAGACCAGAAAAAAGAAUACUGAAGAAGAGGAUGAAGAAGUCCGGGAGGCAAUGACCAGAGCUAGAGCCCACCGAUCUCAGGAAACUGUUCACACCACUUUCUCUAGUGAUGAUGAACUUAUGGACAUGAGAACAAUGGAACAAAAAGGUAGUGAUGAUUCGGAUGAUGGCUUCUCCAUCUCUGCAACAACCAGCAGAGGAAGAGGGCGAGGAAGGGCUCGAGCAAGAGGUACAAGAGGACAAAAUGCAGCCACAAGAGGAGUGUCUCGAAGAGGAAGAGGAAAUACUAGCCAGGAGUCAUCCAGUAGCAGUAGAACUUACAAGCCUAUUGCUACGCCUACCAAGAAUAUGUCUAUCUUUGAUGCCUUUAAAUCUUCAAGGCAACAGCCUUCUCGGAAUUCAUCUGCUAAGAAUUACUCAGAGGACAUUGUAGAUGAUGACCCAGAUGUGGAAGAAAUUCCUUUUACUGCUUCUAAAGUAAAUCAGAGGGUGUCAAGUACAUCUACAUCCAGCAAAACAGGUUCUCAAAGCCUGAUGAGUAAGGGAGUUGAUUUUGAAUCGGAUGAGGAUGAAUUCGACCCCUUCAAAAACACCACUGCAUCAAGAAGAAAUAGAAGAUGAUUCUGGUUUCAUUAAAUAAAAAGAUAUUGCCAAAAUUGUGAAGAAAUAGGAAAUAAAUAUGCAAUGUUUUAUAUAGCAUUUUACCAUAAAUUAUUUUUUGCCUUAAUGUUUUACUCCUUGUGUGAAAUAGUAGUUCUUAGUGAUACUGUGAAUGCAGCGUGAUUUAGGUGUUGCAUUAUUAAAUGUCUAACAGUAAAAAACUACUUUUUGAGAGAGAAUCCCUAGAGUAUUUCAAAAUGUUUACUUUGUAAAACUUCUUAAGGUUUGUUUGCAUCACUGGAACGUAUAUAAAAGAAUUCUGCCUUCCACAAAAUGUAUUAAUCUUUUUUGAAUUUUAUAGAGGAAUAAAUCAGAGCAAUGGUGCUUGACCUAUGUAUGACCCGCAGGCCAGAUCCAACCCCCAAAGUGACUGGAUCGGGCCUACAGCAUGGGGGAUCAAUGGCAAGCAGCUUGGCCUGGCACAUGCCCUUCUCUGUCCUACACUGUUCUGCUGAUCUCUGCAGCUCUUCCUGCUUUUGCUUUUACUUUCCCCUCUCCCCUAGGGCAGGUGUAGUUUACUCUUUCAUUCCUCUCCCUCUGAUACAGGCAGCCACCUCCCUCCCCUGCUGGAGGGGAAUGGUGGCCUAUGAUGCAGUUGGAUCACAAGCACAUGUGCCACUGCUUUAAAAGGCUGAGCACCACUGACUAAGAGCAAUAUGCAAAGUUUUGCAGGCAUAAUGGCAAUUGCUUUCUCUUUUUUGCAGUAAGAGUAGAGAAGCCUGAGGACACAAAAUGCUACUUGUAGUGUUAAAAGUAUUACUGCCAAACUUAGACAUAUUUUUAGCUUUCUGUGAGAAGCUACACUAUAUCUAUUGCAAAAUGUCACAAAAUAUAGAAAUGCUUUUUUUGCUGUGCAGUUCUAGAAAAUGCCAGAGGCUUUAAGUUGACUUGGGCUGGCUACUUCUGUCACUCAAAUGAAAUAUGUAGGCUAGCUGUUUAAAUGAGAUUCUCAGAGAAGUCAACAUGAGUUUUGCUUGCAUAAAGAUUGAGGCAUUAAGACAAUACUGGGCAAAAUGUACUUACCUUUUCUUUUCUAGCUGAAAUUUUUUCCUACAUCUCUUUUUUUUUCAGUAUUCCCACUGAAACCUCACAGUUUUCAGCAGAGCUGUCUUCCAUUGGGACAAAUUCUAAACUAGAAUAACAUGAUCACAGUAUGAAACCACUGUAAGGUCACUUCUGAUAAUUUUUUACUUCUUUCCAAAUGACCUAUCACAUUGAAAUAUCUGAGAUACUGCUAGUAUAGCCUUCAGUGGUUUAGCAUAGAUAAUGUGCAAAGCCUUCAUGGCUUUCAUUGGGCUAUAUGGUUCAUUAGUCCCCCUGACUGCCCCCCCCCAGUUGGAUGUCAGGAAGCAGUACACUACAUACAGUAAUUAUCAGGGGAAAUACAGAAGCUUGGACAGUUCCUGAAGUGAGGUAGAGCUUUACAGCUGUGUUGCCUUGGCUGUGCCAUCAUGGGUCUGCAUUUGAUCCUGCAGCUAUGAAACCAAGUAAACUUUUGAGAUCUGGAGUACAUUGUGGAAAUCAUCAAAUACUGAACGUAGCCCACAAGGUAUUAAAAGAUUUGUAGCAUUUACAAAGCACUCUGUUCCUUUGGGGCAGCAGUGCUCACCCUUUUGGCCCCAUGGGCCGGAUCAGUGGUGCAGGGUCAGUCCAGCUGCCUGCCUAUCAGAUCUGGUCUGUUGGAUAGAUCCUGCAUGGAGUCAGUGUGGCUCUGCACUACCUGCUGCUCUGAUUCAGCCCCGUACUGGUGCACAGUCAUGCUGUCUGGCUCA